CUCAACUCGCUUUCAAUCUCGACCUUCUUUCGCUUUUGUCCACAAAACGGACCAAGACCGCUUCUUCAAAGAUCAACUUUAUUCUCUCCUCCUCAAAACCAUCUUUAGUCAAGAGCUCGAAGAGCAAAUCCACCUUCUCCCAAACCUCUUUCAAUCCUGACCUUCUUUCAUCUUUGCUUAGAAAACGUUCCACGACCCUUUCCUCCAAAACCGACCCCAUUCCCCCCUUACCAACAGAAUCUCCAACCCAUCUUAGCAAACUAUACAGGCGCCGUGAGCGUGCUGUCUUUUUGUUUCUCUUGAGAAGAUUCCUGUGGAGGAAGUCCAGGCAACCCUUCCUCAAGAUGAACUUUAUAAACCAGCUGCGGGCUCUUCAGGCCGACGAUUCUUCGUCGGACGAAGAGUUCCCUAGCUUCGUCACUUCGGCGACGCCGCCCGACUCGGAGGACGGAUCUUCCGCCUCCUCAAUCUUCACUAUAAAUACGACCCCUGACAAGCCGGCCCGCAAGAGAAAGCACGAGGCAGACGAUGCUCCCCAGUCGACCAAGAAGCCGAAAAAAGAACUCUCGACUCCGCCGCGCAAUGGCGAGUCACCAGCCGCGACCGAGCCAGCACAGACACAGCUGAGCGACAAGUCCAAGAAGCGGCACUUCGAUGACACGGCCCAAGCAGCCGACGGCGGGCACCAGAGCCCUGCCAAGAAGAGGAAGUCUGCCUCCCUGAAGGCCCGGGAGGCCGAGGUGCCGAUGGAGUACCAUGAGCGUGUCGUUUACGACAUGCUCAAUGACCCCACCGGUUUUGACGACCUCGUGCGUGAUACCAAGAGGAAAACGCCGAAUCACGUCAAGUCGUCUUUUGCGAAAUGGCGCCGCCGCCAACGCCAGCCCACCCCACCUCUUGUCAUGAGCGGCGCCAUCAGCGUCAAACUCUCAGCGCCGAAGCCACAGUCCGCCCUGGUGGUGCCACCAAUGGCCACCGGUUGGGUCCCGGGUACCUGGGCCGGCGGCUGGGCGAACGUCCCUGACACCGCCGUCUCUGCCACCGUCCCCGCCAUCAAGAGCGCCCAUGCUCAAGAGUCUGGGCCGAAGCCGGACGGAGACCCGACCAGCACCACCGCUGCGCCACUGACGCCGCGCCAGGGGUCUCCUCCGCUGUCCCCCCAGUUCUCUCUUCCUCACGCGUCUCCUUCGUGGGACUUGUUCCGGUCCUACACUCCUCCGCCGACCAGUCCUCCUUAUAUCUUCCCAAGCGAGGACAAUCAUCUGCCGUUCGUCCUGGGGGAUGUCAGCGGUGACGUCUUUGACGACGACCCGCUCAGCCCCGGCGGCACACCCUCCAAGCGGAACGGCGUCUUUGCGCCUCGCCCCCCGCCGCCCUUCCGUUCGUUCCGUCGUGAUCACGGAUCCCCGUCGCCCAUGAUGAGAAAGCCCAGGGGAAUGCAGGCUGCGCCGACUUGUGUCGGUGCUAGAGGUGGCGGUGGAGAUGAUGUUCGUGAUUCUGAAGAGGCGACCACGGAGGCCGAGUACGAGCCUUCCGAAGACGGUGCGCACGGGGAGGAUGACGACGGGUACCAGGCGGACUGGGACUCUGUGGAGGAGGAGGAGGAGGAGGAGGAGACGGAGGUCGAAAUCGAGCCUGCCGGAGAGCCUGCAACCGGAGGUGGUACCGAGGAGGAUGGGGAGGAGGAGACCGAGGCCGAAGGCGGCCCUUCAUUUGAGAUUGUCUUGGAGGUACCGUUUCCUGUUGGUGAUGAGACGGAUACGGAGCCGCCGACCGUCAUCAUUGCCUUGACCGACACGGAGUAG